GUGCUAGAAAAAACGCACAGUCGCCGAUUGGACCUCAGGGAGUGAACAGGACCGCGUGCAGCUGUCGGUCGUGCGCUCUUGCCUCCGCACUCAGAUCAUAGUUGUUACAGCAGGGGGGAAGAAAAGGCAUCCGUCCCUUCCCUUACGGAUUUCUAGGAGUCAUAUCAGCAGUAACCCAGGAGGCAUCAUGGGAGGCAAGCUGAGUAAAAGGAAGAAGGGAUAUGACGUUAGCGACCCAAAGGCCGCAGCAACCGCACCAGCCCCAGCGGAGCAGAAAGCAGCAGCUCCUGCAAGUGCAACAGAGGCAACACCCCAAGAGGCUGCUGUGGAGAGUGCAGCUGCACCAGUGGUAGAAACUGUGGCUGCUGCAGCUGUUUAUGCUGAGUCUGCAGCAGCAGAGGUGGCAGCUGUGGCAUCACCUGCAGAAACACAGGCAGAAGUGAAGGAAGAAACCCCUGCACCAGAGGAGCCUGUAGCAGCUGCACCAGAGGAGCCUGCAGCUGCACCAGAGGAGCCUGCAACAGUUACAGUAGAAGAACCUGUAGCAGCUGCACCAGAGGAACCUGCUACAAUAGAAGAACCUGUAGUGGCUGCACCAGAGGAGCCUGCUACAGUAGAAGAACCUGUAGUGGCUGCACCAGAGGAGCCUGCUACAGUAGAGGCACCUGUAGUGGCUAUGGCAGAGGAGCCUGCUACAGUAGAAGAACCUGUAGUGGCUACGGCAGAGGAGCCUGCUACAGUAGAAGAACCUGUAGUGGCUGCAGCAGAGGAACCUGCUACAGUAGAAGAACCUGUAGUGGCUGCACCAGAGGAACCUGUUACAGUAGAAGAACCUGUAGUGGCUGCACCAGAGGAACCUGCUACAAUAGAAGAACCUGUAGUGGCUGCACCAGAGGAGCCUGCUACAGUAGAAGAACCUGUAGUAGCUGCAGCAGAGGAACCUGCAGUUGAUGAGCCUGUGCAGGAGGUUGCAGUGGAAGUUACACAAGUGUCUACUGAGAUUUCACAAACCACAGAGCCUGAACCUGCAUCAGCACCUGAACCUGAGCCCGUGGUUGAGGAAGAGGUAUCCCCCAUUGCGACAGAAGAUCCUGCACCUGUUGCAGAACCAGAGCCAGAACCUGAGCCUGAACCAGCUGCUGACCCUGAGCCCACAGAAACGCUAGCAGAGCCUGAGGUAGCACCUGAACCAGUUGCCGAGACAGUGGAAGCUGUCCAGACUGAGGUGCCUGCUGCUGUAGAGGAGCCCAUUCCCGAGAUUGUCAUCUCAGAGUCUGUCUCAGCCAAUGAGAUCUCUCCGGAGGAACCUGCUGUGGCCCCUGCCAUCACAGCAGAGCCCAGCACAGAGGAGAACCUGGGCAAUGGAGAAUGUGAAAUUGCCAGUUCAGCAGAAGAGCCUGCUCCAACUGCCCCAGAGGUAAACGGGGAAUGCCAAGAGCAGGCGUCAGAACUGGCCAUUGCAGAUAGUCCUCCACCAGCGCAGGAGGAAUGUGUGAAUGGUGUAGUGGCUGAGCAGCCCCCUCAGGAACAAAGUGACUGUGAACUGAAAAAGGACUUGAACCUGGCUGCUGGCAUGCAGGAGACCGUCAGUGACCUGGUGGAGACCAUAAGUGCCACAGUGAGUCAGGCUGUCGACCUAGUCUGAGAAACUAAUCUAAACAUGAGUCCUAUACUGAUGCAAACCCUUCAACAGCUCAGGCUUUGUGAAAAUAAAUGUCAAAAUUGCCUGCUGUGGCAACUCAGGCAAGGAAUUUCCGGUUAACCAAAAAGAAGUGCAACCACUCAAAGACAGAGACAGACAGAGAGAGAGAGAGAGAGAGAGAGAGUGAGAGGGUUUUUGAAGUCUUUGUGCCCUACAUGUCAGUGGCAAGAGUUAGCCUGAGCUCACAGAGUUGGUCAAUAUGUAAGCCAGAGAAAUGUGAGUUACGGUUACAUGCUGUAAAAACUGGACAGCAGAACAAAAUACUGGACAUUAACAACAGAAAAUACAAAUGGAAUGAAUAGUAUUGUCUUUGUGUGUGAGCCUGAUGAAUAUUAAAAUGGUUUAUUCGAUUAGCAUUUAAUAGUAUAUAAUCUAAUUUAGACUUUCUCAUAUCGUUUCUGUAACUGUGUAAAGAAAAAAAUAAGGAUGAAACAUUUUGACCUUUUCAUGUCGGGAGAAACAAUAAGGAAUGUUCAUUUUAACUUGAUGGCUUGGCUAAGAAAAUAAAAAAAAGACUGUUAUACCAUAAA